AUGGCCGCCACCAAAGACAAUCCAGUCGUCUUCUACGACCUUGUUGGCAAAAACGGCAUUUCUUUCUCACUUAAUACAUACAAGACAAGGUUAUCCCUAGACUACAAAGGCAUACCUUAUCGUGUCGAAUACCUUUCACUUCCAGACAUUGAGCCAAAGAUGAAAGAACUGGGAGUCCCCCCAUCAUCUGAUAACCACCCACGGUAUACAAUCCCAAUGAUUGCCGACCCGUCAAGUGAGACCAAUGGAAUCCCAACAUACAUUUCAGACUCGUUCAAGAUUGCAAUCUACCUAGACGACAAAUAUCCUGCCCCAAAAUACCCAGCAAUAUUUGCCCCGUAUUUCCCAACUAUUGGCGUAUCCAUUGGGCCGAUUUUUGCCCCGUUGUUACCUCGCCUUCUCGACGAUAGAUCGACCGAAUAUUUGAAUCGCACGAGGGGGGACAGGACCAAGCCUCUUCCCGAUGAUGUAGCUGCUCAGAAAUGGGAACAAGUGCGCGAAAAGUUUGCUGCGUUUAGCAAGUCACUGCAGCUGAACGAUGGGACCAAAGACGAAGGCCCGUUUAUCAUGGGUAACAUUGUCUCGUUUCUGGAUUUUGCUGUUGGAGGAAUGGUCCAUUGGAUCAAAAGCCUUGAAGGAGAGGAUUCAGCUCGAUUAAAUGAUGUGCUAGAAUGGGAGGGAGGAAGGUGGGCAAGGCACUGGGAAGCGAUGAAAGCGAUUGAGAACAAAUCCUCCCGCGUGGACGGAUAG